AUGUUUAUCGCUUUCGCUCCAUAUGCUCCGCCCCUUGGCUCACGCUCUCUUCAAACUCCACAGGGCAAGGUCGCCGAGUUGCGCCAGGAGCUUCAUAGCGGCGGCAAGAAAGAUAAGAACUACUCCGCCAAAAAGAUCGCCUUGAAGAAGAUCGUCGCCAAUAUGACCAUGAGCAAUAAUGAUAUGGUUGCGCUAUUCCCCGACGUGAUCGAGUGCAUGAACCUACCGAGUUUGGAGAUCAAGAAGAUGUGCUUCCUCUUCCUGGUCAACUACUCGAGAAUGAAACCCGAAGUCGCGAUGAAGGCGCUGCCGAUUCUAGUUGAUGACAUGGAAGACACAAACCCGCUCGUGCGCGCCCUCGCCCUAAGAACCAUUUCAUACGUCCAUGUGCGCGAGUUUGUCGAGGCAACGUUCCAACCGCUGAAGCGCCUGAUGCAAGAUAACGAUCCAUAUGUUCGUAAGACAGCUGCCUUUUGCGUCGCGAAGCUGUACGAGCACGAUAAGAAGACGGUCGAGAACUCCGAUUUGAUUGACCGGCUCAAUCGGAUGUUGAAAGAUGAGAACCCGACCGUCGUGUCGAGCGUUCUGGCCUCCUUGUGCGAUAUCUGGGGUCGCAGUGAAUCGAUCUCUCUUACCAUCGACUAUGUCAGCGCUUCAAAACUAGUUUCGAUCUUGCCUGACUGCUCUGAAUGGGGCCAAAGUUAUAUCCUUGAGGCCUUGAUGUCUUAUGUGCCUCAGGACACUGCCGAGGCGCUCCUGCUGGCAGAGCGAGUUGCCCCACGCCUUUCUCACCAAAAUUCUGCUGUCGUUCUUACUGCUUGCCGAGUUAUUCUCUACCUUAUGAACUAUAUCGCCGACGAAAAGCACAUCACUUCGUUAUGUCGCAAGCUAUCACCACCUCUUGUUACACUUCUCUCCAAACCGCCAGAGGUCCAGUAUCUGGCACUUCGAAAUGCUAUCCUGAUUCUGCAGAAAAGACCGGAAGUCCUGCGCAACGAUAUCAGGGUGUUCUUCUGCAAUUACAACGACCCAAUCUAUGUCAAGGUGACGAAGCUGGAGUUGAUGUUCAUGUUGACGACGAAGGACAAUAUCUCGAUUGUUCUGGCUGAGCUUCGAGAGUAUGCCACGGAGAUCGAUGUCCAUUUCGUUCGCAAGGCAGUGCGCGCCAUUGGAAAGCUGGCCAUUAAGAUCGAGUCUGCUGCAAAGCAGUGCAUUGAUACGCUGUUGGAGCUUGUGGGCGCCAAGAUUCCAUACAUCGUUCAAGAGGCAACGGUUGUGAUCCGCAACAUCUUCCGCAAGUAUCCCAACCAGUAUGAGAGCAUCAUCAGCCACGUGAUCCGCAACAUUGACGACCUUGACGAGCCCGAAGCAAAGGCAGCCGUCAUCUGGAUCAUCGGUCAGUAUGCAGAUCGUAUUGAGAACUCGGAUGGGCUCCUACAGGAUUACUUGGCCACAUUCCACGACGAAACGGUCGAAGUGCAGCUGGCCCUGCUUACGGCUACCGUCAAGCUGUUCAUCCAGCGGCCCACCAAGGGUCAACAACUCGUUCCGCAGGUACUUAAGUGGUGCACGGAAGAGACUGAUGACCCCGACCUCCGUGAUCGAGGAUACAUGUAUUGGCGUUUGCUGUCCACCGACCCAGCCACCGCCAAGCAAGUUGUCAUGGGCCAGAAGCCCCCCAUCACAGCCGAGAGCGAGAAACUUGACCCACGCACUUUGGAAGAACUUUGCCUCAACGUUGGCACCCUGGCUACGGUCUACCUCAAGCCCAUUCACCAGGUCUUCCGCGCCGCACGACCUCGCAGACUCCAACACAGUCCAGCCUUGCAACGGCCCCGGGUCGAGGACGGUACCGCUAGCAUGCUAGAGUACAACCCACCUACCGCCAGCAUGGCUUCCGCAUCAACCAGCAACAGCGGCCUCGCCACCAUCACCACGACGGGUAACCCUAUUAGCCCUAUCAAUGCCCCUCCUCCCCCGACAUUCCCGCUCGACCCCAACGCAACUGGUGGUGGGGCUGGUGCUAAUGCUAUUAAUGCAGCCGAUAGCUACUUCAAUGGUAUCGGUUCUCAGCACAUGGCCGCGAUGGAUCUGGGUGGACGUGGAGACGGUGGAGCAGGAAGCGGCGGCGCGCCUCAGUCGCAGUUUGUGGUCACCCAGAACCAGCAACAGGGGUAUCAGCCACAGUAUGCUGGCGGUGCUGCUACGGGCGAGUUGCUGCUGCUUGCAGUGGAAACCGUCCAUACAUUCCGGGAGUCAGACCCAACUUCUGGACAACGCCUUGUGAUCAGAUUGGAGCAUUGGCAGCGGCAGAAAAGGAUCGGAAAAGGUGGAUAUGGUAGCGUCUGGCUAGAGAAGCGCAUUAAAGGUGGGCGAUCAGGAGUUACAGCUCACGGUAGCCCAGUCCGAGCCGUCAAGCAGAUUGACUUGGACACGCGAUUCGAGCCUAUUGAUUAUAAUCGUGAGUUGGAGGCAAUUGCCAAGUUCUCACAUUCUCGUUAUGAACGAUGCUUCGUCAAGUCAUUCGGCUGGUACGAAGGGCCUGGCCAGCUCUUCAUAGCAAUGGAAUACCUCGAAAUUGGCGACCUGUUCACGUAUCUAUAUCACAAGCCAUCACUGCCAGAGAAUGAGGUAAAAGAAAUUGCCUACCAGAUUCUUGAUGGUCUGAAUAUGAUGCAUGAAAAUGGGUUUUCUCACCGAGACCUCAAACCAGAGAAUAUACUCAUUAAAUCGCAUCCUCCAGCUGAGUGGUGGAUUAAGCUGGCAGACUUUGGUCUCACCAAACGCAUACAAGAGGGCCAUAAGCCAUCGACGAUACAGGGUACCCCAAGAUAUUUUGCCCCUGAACUUUGGGGCUUUACUGAGCGGGGCAGUGCGUAUGCCACUGACAUUUGGGCCCUCGGAGAGAUUCUAUUCGAGAUCCUCACCAAAAAACCUGCGUUUACUACAGCAUUGCUUGCAAGCUACAAAGCCCAGCACCAAUUCCCCAUCACCAAGCUCAGGGACGUCGGUGUCAGUCAACAAGGCAUCGACUUUCUGCUUUCACUUAUGUGCCCCUAUCCCAAUGAUCGAACAACGGCUUCAUCUGCUCUGUCAAACGUGUGGAUACAAUCAGUGAUCCCUGCCCCAAAGUCCACAACGCCCUUUGAAGACAAACCACAGGUUCCCAGUCCAGUUCCAACGUUAACCGAAAGUUUUGCGUCAUGGAAUACAAGAUCUUCUACAGAAGCGCCGCAGACUGUCAUUCACAGCAUGCCUGAUUCAAUAACAACGCCAUAUCUGGUAAACUAUACCCAAGGGAAGACCUGUACAGCACAGCAGAGAGAGGCUUCUUCUUCUUCUUCUUCUCUGAGGACUACGAGACCACAGCCUAUGGAUAGUCAAAUCGGGACCCUUACGCCCAGCCUUUGCCUUUUCGAAGUCCUGCAAGAGAGGGCUCUCUCACUAGUCAAUCAGCAUCAAAACGAAAAGGCAGAGAGCAUAUUCCGUCGAGCUCUUCAUGGGCGGGAGAAAGAAUUAGGCUAUGAUCAUAAAGACACACUCGAUUCUGUUUAUUGGCUUAGCAUCUGCCUCCAAAACCAGCAUCGGUUCAAAGAGGCCGAGGCUAUGUUUCGACGAGCUCUCCAGGGACAAGAGCAAGUGUUAGGUAAUGAUCAUAGGGACACACUCAAUUCCGUUUAUUGGCUUGGAGUAUGCCUCCAAAACCAGAAUCGGCACGGAGAAGCCGAGAUUAUGCUUCGACAAGCUCUCCAAAGACGAGAGGAAGUGCUAGGUAGUGAUCAUAAGGAUACACUCAGGUCUGUACAUUGGCUUGGUGUAUGCCUCGGUCAACUGCAUCGGUUCAAAGAGGCUGAGGCUAUGUUUCGGCGAGCUCUCCAAGGGCGAGAGCAAGUGCUAGGUAAUGAUCAUAAGCACACGCUCGAAUCUCUUCACGAGCUUGGUCUUUCCCUCUAUGACCAGCAUCGGCUCACAGAGGCCGUGGCUAUGUUUCAACGAGCUCUCCAAGGGCGAGAGCAAGUGCUAGGUAAUAAUCAUAGCGACACACUCAAUUCUGUUCAUUGGCUUGGUGUAUGCCUCGUUUAUCUGCAUCGGUUCAAAGUGGCCGAAGCCAUGUUUCGGCGAGCUCUUCAAGGGCGAGAGCAAGUGCUAGGUCAUAUUCAUAAGCACACACUCGAAUCUCUUCAUGAGCUUGGUCUUUGCCUCUAUAACCAGCAUCGGUUCGUAGAGGCCGAGGCCAUUUUUCGACGAGCUCUUCAAUGGCGAGAGAAGGUGCUAGGCCAUGAUCACGAAGCCACACUCUCCUCCAAAUAUUACAUGGAACUGUCCUAUAAGCACUACCAUUAA